AUGGCAUGUGGUGGUGCUCACCAACAAAAACCAUUACAAAAUCACGAUGCAGAGAAGGAGGGCGUGGGUGUGACGGUCCUACGAGCGGUUACGCGUGGCGGUCCUCAACGUUGCACCACCGAGCAAAGCUGCUGCAAAGGCAAAGCUGCCUCGGCGUCGCCGUUCGACGUCGCUACUAUAGCGGAUGCGGCGCUGGUGGGCGUUCCGACACUGAAUGAGGAGAUAGGGCAACCAGAAAACAGAAGACAUAGGUUGGAUUACUAUAAAGAAGGUCUACCUCCGUGGAAUAUGAUAUCCCAGUAUCAGGUGAAGGAUCAGAAUGCUUUCUUUAUGAAUAAUAAGAUCAGGAUGCUCUGUGAUGAAAGGUAUGCUGCUGUUGUAGAACGUGAUAGAGCCCUUGCCGAAAAGAACACAGCUGUAGAAGAACGAGAUGCUGCAAUCCUGCAACGAGAUUCCGCGAUUGCUGAGCGGGACAAUGCCAUAAGAGAACGUGCUGAUGCCAUUGCUGCCCUUCAAUUUCAAGAAAGUGCCAUGAAUGUUGCAUCGAGUGGUGGUGCACGUGGAACGAAGCGGACGAACGAUUACAUAAAUCACCAUUCCAACAACACUCAAUCUGCUCGUAGUUUUAGGAAAGGGUACAUGAUUGAUGCCUUUCCUUUAUCUUCUAUUCCAUCUGAAGCUGCAAAGUUACUCCAAGUACAACAGACAAAAUUGAAGAAGGGCAUCACAGCGAAGUCAACAAAAUCCGCCCGGAAGGCAAAGAAAGUAGGUGAGGAUUUGAAUAGGCAUUUCACAACAGAUGGGUCUAAGGCUGAAUGGGAGGCUGAGAAUUUCGGGUUGAUGAACCUGAUACACUUUGAUGAAUCUACCAUGCCAAUACCUGUUUGUUCAUGCACUGGAGUACCUAGGCAGUGUUACAAAUGGGGCAAUGGGGGCUGGCAAUCAUCUUGUUGCACAACCUCCUUGUCGGUAUACCCACUACCACAGAUGCCAAACAAGCGACAUGCGCGGAUGGGUGGACGGAAAAUGAGUGGAAGCGUUUUUAGCAAAUUGCUUACUAGACUAGCAGCAGCUGGCCAUGACUUGUCCAUUCCACUAGAUCUGAAGAACUACUGGGCCAAACAUGGGACAAAUCGCUAUGUUACCAUCAAUUUUCUGGGAUGGGGGACUGGCUUUUGUAGUAGGCAUUAUUUGCCUUUGUAUCUGACAACUGGUAGAGAGAUCAUUUUGCACUUUAGUUUUCAACUGGAGAAUAAGUACUGUGCAUGGAAGCCUUUGUUUAUUUUUGCAAGGGGAAAAGGACUUGAUGACGAUAUUGCUACUUCUGCUAGUAAUGACCAGACGGGGCUCUCUGGGGAUCCUGCAAAAGUUGCUUCAGUGCCACUAUGCAUGAGAAGUAUUAAGCAAACUGGAUUCCAUUGA